AUGGGUUUCUCGAGUCAUUUCCGUGGCCUUUCGCCUGGCGGCGGUCGUCACCAUAUCGCUGGUCCACGAGCAUCCACUGGUAUGGUCCAGCUGGGCUCUUCUCUUGAUCCCUACGAGGCGCCGCGAAGCCGCCACGAUUACGAUGACCAAUAUUACCCCUCAGACGUGGGUUAUACCAGCACCUACCGCCAUCACCCCCGACACCGGUCCACAAUCGAUGUCCAGCCUAUGGCUACCCAGAAAUACCGCGAUCCCGGCCACUCAACAAAGAAGCGGACCGAGUAUGCCAUCCAGCCGCAAUCCAGGCACAGAAGUCACACCGCAUCAGCGGCAGACAUCUAUGACAAUUCGCCCCGGAUCGCUGCCGCGGCCAUCGCCCUCUCAAGUCCUCUUUCGAUAGAACCCUCCCGCCAAUUGGUUCCGGCCUCCUCCUCGCACCAUGCCGCUGGCCACCGUCGAGUGUUCAGCACCGAUUAUGCAAGUGACACUGGUCGUUUGGAAAUGCGCGAUGGUGUGAGACACCGAUCAGGUGUCAAUCAUGGCGCACACCGAGUCCAGCCCCCGGCAGGCCGGAGGCGACACCCACCAUACGACGGUCCGAAGAAGGGUUAUAACAUUGAUAACUACGAUGCCUACUCCUACACGGGUCCAGGCGAAGAAGCGAGGCGAGACUUGUCCGGCGACUAUCCCAUUGUCCGGCCGCGCCAUCCCACAGGUCGGACCUCUCUUGACCGGCCUAUGAGUGUAAACCUUGCCGAAGCUCACCCCCAAUGGUUGGCACGCAGCAAAGAUCACCGUCACCACGGGCCACCUCCUACCUCAUGGGGUCUGGACAAAUUAGACCGCGAAGGCCGGCCUCGAAGCUCUGCUCGAGGCUUCGAUGAAUAUCGGGAUACAUCCAGAACGAGAGCACCUGCUGGCCACGAUCGUGCUUUGGUGCCAUUGCCCCAUGAAUCCGACGACGAGUACUACAGUGAUGCCCACCACAGGUCACGCCGUGAGGAGCCUCGGCGACAUGCCCAUGACCGAUCUCCGCGACCGCAUAACGGUGGUAGCGGGGCUUUGGCUAUUGCUGGACUCGGCACGGCUGCACUAGCUGGUGGCUAUUCAGACGCUUCAGACUAUGAGCAUCAUCGACCGGGCAGACGCCGUCACCGACGCCGCGAGGCCGAGCGUGACUAUGACUCCGCCCAACCCUCGACCAGGGAUCUCGCAGAGAGUGGCCCCUCCAAGGAGCGAAGCAAGCAGCUAUACCUGGAGCCUGCAGAUGCCAUCAAUCGGCGUAGGCACUCGCGAAGGCAUACUAGCCGUCGCUCAGGCAGUGACACGGAGAUCUUCACAGAUGACGAGGACCUCCACAAGUACCGACGUGAACCUGCGGCGGCACCACAUCGGAGCCGACACAGCAGCACCGAUACCAGCAGCGCCGAAGAUUAUUCUGGCAGACGUCCCCCGCGAGACCUGUCGCAUCACCGCUCUCGUUCAAGGCGAGCACCCGAAGAUGGACGCUCGAUGGAGUCGCGAAGCUCUACUUCGGUUGACCACCGGGAGGAGGUGCGCAAACCGAUCACGGUAGAACCUCCUGUCACCAAAGAGCCUGAGCAGCCUGCGCCGAAAGGUAUUCUGAAGACCCCGAAGAAGGCCUUUCCUGAGGAGCCAAACCCAAUACGAGAAGGUGUGGCUCCAUUGAAAGAUGCCAACAAGAACGGGAUUCCACCCACGGCGCGAUGGACCAAGAUCGACCGGCGACUGGUCAAUCCUGCCGCUUUGGAGGCAGGCAACGAGCGAUAUGAGGAGCGACCGGAGUUCGUGAUCGUGCUGCGGGUUUUGACCAAGGAGGAGAUCCAGGCGUAUGCUCUGAAGACUCAGGAGAUUCGAGAUGCCCGUCGCGAGGAAUACGUUCGAGACACACGCCAGCGCAGGGAGAAAGACCAGCGCCAUGGCCGCCGUGGGGAAGAAUCCUCCAGCGACGACGAGGACGAGAGCGAGGACGAGCCGUUGAAGAUCGAGGCACCCCCAGUCCCAGACGCGAACACGUCUCUGCCCAUACGGUCCCGUCCUGCAAGUCACUCGCCGCCGCUACCCGAGCGGCCAUCCGUCGUCCAGGUCUAG